AUGGCGUUACCUAAGCGUAUCGUUAAAGAGACGGAACGUCUGAUGACCGAACCUGUUCCUGGUAUCAGCGCCGUUCCCCACGAAGAUAACCUCAGAUAUUUCGAUGUUGAGAUCCACGGUCCCUCGGGAUCGCCGUACGAGGGCGGCGUCUUUAAGCUCGAGCUGUUCCUAACAGAUGACUAUCCGAUGGUCCCACCCAAGAUCCGCUUCUUGACCAAGAUCUAUCACCCAAACGUCGACAAGCUUGGACGUAUUUGCCUAGAUGUGCUAAAGAACAACUGGUCGCCUGCCCUCCAGAUCCGAACCAUCCUCCUCUCGAUCCAGGCUCUCCUCGGUGCCCCCAAUCCCGACGACCCCCUGGCUGCUGACGUCGCUAAAAGCUGGAAGGAGGAUGAGAACAAGGCCAUCGCGACCGCCAAGGAGUGGACUAAAACAUACGCCAGCCCCCAGCCGAAGUAG